GGCGGGCGCGGGGCCGGCGCGGCCCCCGCGGGCCGGGAGGCUGCGGCGACCUUGCGGCUGGCUGCCGGGCGCCCGGCGAGCGCCGCGCCGCCGCGCCAUGGGCACGGUGCCGUCGGCGCUGAAGCACUGCCUCAGCUACCAGCACCUCCUCAAGGAGCAGCUGUGGAUCGGGGAGCCGGCCGCGCCGCCGCCUGCGGCUCCGCACCCCGGGCAGGAAUCUCAAGAAUCUGGACUGCCUGAGUACAUAAAGAUUGUAGAAGUUGGGCCAAGGGAUGGAUUACAAAAUGAAAAGGUGAUAAUCCCAACUGAUAUAAAAAUUGAGUUAAUCAACCGGCUUUCCAAAACAGGCCUGCCUGCAAUAGAAGUGACCAGUUUUGUUUCAUCCAAAUGGGUACCUCAGAUGGCAGAUCACAAAGAAGUAAUGAGGGGCAUUGAGCGGCAUCCUGGAGUCCAAUAUCCUGUUCUCACACCUAAUCUUCAAGGUUUUCAUUCUGCUAUCGCAGCAGGAGCUACAGAAGUCUCAGUAUUUGGUGCAGCAUCUGAAUCUUUUAGCAAAAUGAAUAUUAAUUGUUCAAUUGAAGAAAGCAUAGGAAAAUUUGAAGAAGUUGCUAAAUCUGCAAGGAAUAUGAAUAUUCCAGUGCGUGGGUAUGUGUCAUGUGCAUUGGGAUGCCCAUACGAAGGAAAAAUCACACCAGCUAAAGUUGCAGAAGUAUCUAAGCGGCUGUACAGUAUGGGCUGUUAUGAAAUCUCUCUGGGGGACACAAUUGGUGUGGGGACUCCUGGAAGUAUGAAGAGAAUGUUGGAAGCUGUUAUGAAAGAAAUUCCUCUGAGUGCUCUUGCUGUUCACUGUCAUGACACAUAUGGCCAGGCAUUAGCCAAUAUCCUCACAGCCAUACAGAUGGGAGUUGCUGUAGUGGAUUCAUCGGUUGCAGGACUGGGUGGUUGUCCCUAUGCAAGAGGUGCUACUGGAAAUGUAGCCACGGAGGAUGUGAUAUACAUGCUUAAUGGUCUGGGUAUCAAUACAGGAGUGAAUCUUUAUACAGUGAUGGAAGCUGGAAACUUCAUCUGUACAGCUUUGAACAAGAAAACAAACUCAAAGGUUGCACAAGCUUCCUUCAAUACUGGAACUAUCAGUUAAAUGGAAUUUUUUUGCAGCUUAAUUACAUUUGUCAUCUGCCUUGACCAAGGACAUUUAUAUCAAGAAAACAAAUACAAGAAAACCAUUUCAGCGAAGAACCAAAAUAGAAUGCAUAUAUAACUUUUUGUUAUGGGAAGAGUUAUUGUACUGUACUGUCUUGUAAAGAAUUAUCUGAUUUGUAAGUAAGAAAUAAAUGACUAGUACAGAACCCUGUGCUUAAUACUUCUACAAAUGAGAAAAAUGUAUAAACAGUAGGACAUUUUAGCAUGUUUUGAAUUGAAUUUUAGUUUUUUUCAGGAAAACUGGAUAGAAGCAGUGAAUACAUGGUUAAUUUUAAAUCAAGAUGACUUUUAGAACAGUACAAAUAUUUGCAGUAGUUUAGGAGAUCCCACACUGUGUGUGGCCAUUCUAUUAUGUGUUUUAUUUAUCUGAGUCUUUACUUUUCAUUUGUCAAGUCAGUUGUGUUAUGAACAUGGAGCCAAAUCUGAAUUCACCAUAAGAAUUUUUUUAGCAAUAGCACUUUUUAAUUUCUGUUGUGUUUAACAUCUGUUAAGUUAUGGAUGACUUUAUCUUGUUCCAAAACCUUGUGGUGAAUGGCAGUCUGCCAGGUCCUCCAAAUCUAAUGUAAAUUUCCUUAUUUGUUACAUAUGUUAAAUGUGUGUAGUUGCUUUUUUUUCCUCAACUGUAUUAAAACCUAAUUAUAUGAAGCAAUUAAAAGUUGGCAAGGUAUUCAACCAUCAUUCAGGGUGGUAGUAGUGUAGAAGGGGCUAAAUUUUUGUCCAAGGUCUCAUCAAACAAUUUGAUUUUUUAUUCUACAGUCUAUGAACUGACAUUCUCACUUAGAAGUCAUGAGUUUUUGAGGGUAAUAAUAUUCUGCUGGACUAGCUUACACAAAGGGAACCACUUACAACUUUUCUCUGUGCUCUACUGAUAGUGAUACUGUUCUUUUAAAUGUCUUAGUUCAGGAAGAUGCCAGUGAACUGCACUGUCAUUUUUAGAUCAAUAAUGGACAAAUUCAAAGAAGAGCCUUAUCCUAUCUAAAAACUGUUCAAAUCUGCCAUGAAAAUAUUGUCAUUUUUUCAGUCUGAAACGUCGGUACUGUUAUUGGUCAGUUGUGUAGGAUCCUUCUGUAAUUCUCUCUGUAUGUAACCUUGAUCUAUGUUUUUUCUGAACAUAGCCUGUUAACAUGAAAAUCUAAAAUCUGUGACUGUGAUCUUUUUCCAUAUUCUCCAUUUUCCUCCAAAAUAUGAAAGGUUGGGAAAAGGUAAGAUGAAAGAAAGUGAAAGAUAACAUGUAAAGAAUGAAAAGGCUGCAUCAUUUUUGUCUGGAACUCAACUCUGCCAAGUUACAGCUGAGUCUCAGUUUGCCUUUGAAAUUCUGAAGUGAACUUUUUCUGAGAUCUUUUAGCCAGUAUUGUAGUUUAGAAUUGUUCAGAGCUUAAGUCAAACUUUGCAUGCCAGGUAUCUCAAAGCUAUAAAUCUGAUAUAAAACCUCUAUCCUGUUUAUGCUGUAAUGAUAGUCAAAACUAAUAUAAACUACAUUGUUUCACUCUUCUCAUGGUGUCAAAGAAUACACAAAUAAAUGCGUUCAGGUGAGGAGGAAAUAUCUUGCCUAUCAAUCCAAAAUACUAAAUUGCACCCCUCACUGCGGUAUUUAGUAAGACUUUCAAGUACUCCUGAAGAUGUGAACACCCUGAUUUGCUUGGCCUGCUCUGGAUGCAUAGUUGGAUCACCACAGAAAAUGCUCUGUCCUCAUUUUCCCAUGUUUCAGCUGGGCCUUUGUUAUUUAGCAGCCACUGUGGCUCAUGUAUCAAAACACGAACUUUAAUAAAACCAGGUCUUGAACCAUUCACAGAUUUAAAAAUUCUGUAAUGGAUUAUAUCCAAUGAAGAAGUGAGGAAUCUGCAGCAAUACUUAGGCUGUACUUAGUCUUAAGAUUAGUAGUUAAGCCUAAACAAGGUACCCAAAUUGACAUCCUAAAGACUCCCUAGUUCAGGUGCCAUUUACCCCAGAAGAUGACUCACCACACUGUAGUACUUUCCUGUUUAACAAUAAAAUUUCCUUUACAGUUUGCUUCUGUGCAGGCACAGAGUUAGCUCAUUUUGAGCUAAAGUAUGCAGUUCUCAUGUUGGGCCUGAUGAAUUUCCUUCUACCCAAGAUGCUGUGAGCAAGUUUAAGCAACAUGAGCAAGAUGGAGAUUCUCAAAGAAUGAAAGUGAAGUCACCCCUUGGAAAAAAAGUAGUUGUGACGCAAACCACCUUUUAAAUACUAGCCUGAAUGUUGGACUAAACAAUUGAUCUGAGACUAGCUUGCUACUCAGCCUGGGGAGAUUGAAAUGGACAUUUUUUGGCAUCCUAAUCAGUGGAUCUGACCAUCUGGCUGUAUACAGAACUGAAAAAGAAUGCACUUUCUAGUAAAUCGGGAUGAAGUUGUGCCACUGGGUAGGAUGGAAUUCAAAAUUCCUGAGACCAGGAAGUUCACAAGAAAAAAAAAGUCUCUGCAACAGAUAAGGGUUUUUUUUCCUUGAAGAUGCUGGUGAGGACUUCAACUGUAGGCCAAGUCAGGAACUGAACUGACACUGUCUACUUUUUUCUAAGUAUGCUAACUACAACAUCUUAGAUAAAAGUAAGUGGUUACACUACUACCUAUGUAGAACAUGGACUAUAGAAUAAAAGACCUAGCUCUGCUCAGUUCUGUGGGAGUUCUAGACAUCUAUGUUCCUAAUUGUCAUGAAGGAUUGCUAACUUGGCACUAGGAGACCCUUACACUCUGGAGGAUUUUUCAGAAAAUGCCCCUGUGCAUAGUGCAUCCUAGGCUUCUCAGCAUCUGGGCUGUUCAGUUUGCAAUUCUAAGGCUCUUAACUCUCCCUAGGCACUGAAACAGGCUACCUAUUAAAUCAUGGGGAUGAACAACCCAAAAUGCCUCAGUUCUUUAUUGGGUCUGUUGUAGAAACUACUUGGGAGCUUGUGGAGAGCCUUAAAUGCAGGUCUGUUAUUCUAUAAUGAUGUGAGCAUUGGAAGAUGAGCAAUGACAUCUGGAGCCUAUUCUUUACCUGCAUGUUGAGCUUCAACCACAUAGUGAGUUAUAGUAAUCCAGGGUGGAGGUCACAGACAAAUAGAUUGUUUGUCAGGAUCAUUACAAGGGAGGAAGAAACAUAGAGCCAGAUUAAAAAAAAACCCAAUGUUUAUAUGCCAAAAGUGCCACCUGGGGUGAAUUGAGGCCUGUGGGUCCAGGUGAGCACUCCCCAUAAAAUCCUUCUUUACUUGUAGUGUGACGAGAAUCCUGAGACAUCUCAUGUUCUCUCUACUAAAAUUUGUUGGACACAUGAAGUGCUGCUGCUCUGCUCUCCUGGGCUGGCAUCAUUUUGACUGUGCAGAGCAUUUUAAUGCCUAAUCUUUGGCUUCACAAAAUAAGCAUAUAUUGCCCUUAACAUCAAGGGCUAAUCCGGUAGCUAUGCCAUGGGCAUGCAUCACUCACACAGGCAGCCUUGACUUCAGCAUAUAAUAAAGCAGUUGAGACUACAUCCCUUCAAAAACAUGGCAAGUCAUGGGAUGGUGCUACUGCUCUCCAGUGCUUCUCACUUUCUAAAUUUUUAUGGUUAUAUUCAGAGUGACCCAUCACUAGUGGUGCCUGCUGUUUUAGUCCCUGUCAGUGUCCCCCACUGAGUACAUUGCUGUCACUUCAUCCUGAAGUAACUCUCUGGCUGUGGAAGGUUUGCAGCCAGGUGUUUGGCUUCCAUAAGCAGGUGUUCUUAUUACUAUGUCAUUAUAAAAAUUAUAUGUAUAUAUACAUUUGUUGAAAGGUAUCAAGAAAAAGCAACAGAGCACUGAAUAUCAUGAUCACAGUGUUGGAAUGAGGGGACACACUGUCUCCCUGUUUUGCUGAUGGUCCUCUGUAAAUGCUGAAAAGGGGAUAGUGUAAACUCUGAGAGCAUGCAGGAGAGAAGAAGUAGUUACUGACUGCCCUCGCCGAGUCUUAUUGGAGACAAAUUAGAUGUACCCAGAUAUUUACUUCUGUGCAUUGGCGACAAAUUAGAUGUAGCAAGAUACUUACUCCUGUGCUUUGGAGACUUUAUUCUGUAGCUCUCUGUAUCAAAGUCACUGCAGAGAUCUCACAGAACAACGUGGAGAUCAUCUUACUUGUGCUACGACUACGGACUAUGUAAACUGGAGUUCCCAGGGCAGUCUUUGGUCUGUGCACUGGUCUGAACUUGUGAAGGUUCAACAGCUGACAAAUGUCAUAUUGCUGGAAUUUUCUUUAAUAGUUUCACAGUAGUUUUUCUUUUCCCCAUGCUGUUGGGAAUAGCUAGAAAGUGAAAUAUUGGCUUCUUUGGCUGGUCAAGAUAUGUUGUUCUAAAGGCAUGGCUGGUGUGCUUUAUUGGAGAAGAAGUUGAUCAAUUCCAUUAGUAAUGGGCCUAAUUGUUCUUCAGUGCCUUUCACAAGACAGCAAUGACAUGGAUCCCGUACAUGGAUAGUGGUAAUGUCUUCCAGCAGCAGCUUGCUUUGUAGUUUAAACUUCUGUGUAUUACAGCAACUUGGCUCUGGACCAGCACUUUAAUGUUUCAUUUUCAUGUAUAACCAGAGUUUAUGGAAAUAAGAAGUGAAUAGUCUGGUCUUGUGAAUAAGUCCAGAGAGGCUUUGGCUAAUUUUCCUUUCUUAAUAGCAUCAUUUGAGUUCAUAAAACUUUUAUUAUUGUAAUAAGGAGUCACAAAAUGAAGACUGCAGGUCUGUGAGGUAAAAUUCCUAUGUUUGGGAUCAGUGCUGUUGAAAUGAAAUAAUACUUGUCCAAAGAGCUAGUGUGAAUGUAUAAGAUCUGCCUAUUUUUUCAGAGUUAUUUUUAAGGGGUAGAAAUAUUGUUUAGUUACUGUGAUAGCUGAAAAUGAGUAUUCUUUGCCACUGAAUGUUUCUAUGAUUUCUCAGACUGCCUUAAGUUCUCUUUAUUGAUUGUGAAAUGUCUAGAGAACUGACUAAACAGAAGAAUCAUUCUGGAGAAGUGAAUGAAAGACGCUUGCUUUCCGGUUCUUGACUUGCUGAUCGAUGCUUUUCUUUUGUUAUAUUUUUGAAGAUUAUUUUUCUCUAUGGUCCUGCUCUAAGGCAGUGUUGAUCUGCUUUGCUGCAAUAACACAGCAGGCAGAAGGACUAGGGCCAAAGUCAACUUGGCCCUUUGAAACCAAUGUCAAUGAGAUGAUAUGUUUGUUAAGGAAUUGUCAUGUACCCUCUUGGUUUUAUGCAUUUGUGAUUUUGCAAUGUGUUGUUAAAGCUGAAAUAAAAUCUAUCUCAGUGUUUACUGAAA